CAUUCCCCGAGUGAUAGGAGUUCUUGUAUUCCUCAACAAGGCUGCAGGGACGACAAACACGGCUUUUCUUGCGAGAGCUAUGAUUACAUGAAGAUAAUUUUACACAUCACAUUCUCAUUCCCAGUUUUGAAUACUCAUUGUUAGAACGAGAAAAUCAACAUCAAAAUGGAUAACUCUUCAUCCGAGAACAUCGAACCGAUUUCGACCUCUUCGCCUGCGGAGAUGAGUCCUUUGAACAAGCUUGAGCGGGGGAUCUCAGGCGCCGCGACGACAACACCAUGCACGACGACCUCUGUGGCUAGCUUCGUCACUGAAUCUGAACAAGGACAUCACUAUAACCUGGAAGGAGAUUUGAACAGUACCACUCCGGAAGACUCAGGAGAGGAUGAGGAAGAUGUCAGUGCUAGCGUUGAAGACCACAAUGCUACACAUCGUCAACCGGAAGAUGUUGAUGACGACGAUAUCGACGACGAACAAGAUCUUCUUGACGACCCCGCAACAUCCAGCAACACUCAUAACGAGGAGGAUUAUGGUGGAGGUGGCGACGAGACCUCAGAAACGCGAACGCCUCCAAGCUACGAAGAAGGUCAGCCAGUAACUCUUUCGGAGUUGCUCCUACUCGGGACCGAUCCGAAAACUGGUAACUUCAAAGGUGAUUUCGUCUAUCUAGGUUCCGACCAAGGCCAAUUGUGGAAUGCCAGCGUCGUCUUAUUACGGUACUUGGACAAAAUGGCAGCUAGCACACCUGGAUUCUCAUGGGAAGGCAAGAGAAUAUUGGAACUGGGAAGCGGCUUAGGACAUUUGGCGUUUGCAUUGGCCGAACGGGGAGCAAAUGUGUACUGCACAGAACAACCGAAAUGCUGUGGGAUGCUGGCGGUACUAGUUUUCACACAAUUUUGACGAGCUUAGUCUUCAAGAAAAUAGAAUUUAUUUUUGCGUAAAACAAGUAGCCCAGGAAGAUCCUGGAUCGAGGUACGUUCGUUCACAGACUUCCCUUCACACAGCUACUUUUUAUCUACUUCAUCUACCCCGACAAAAAAUGAAAAUCUCCUAUGAACCAGGCUUCCCUCCUGCGUCAAAACGAGCGUCGGUUCGUGGUGCAUCUCCCUUCUGUGACUCCUAUCAAGUGGGGCGAUCAAACAGCUCUCCGGGAGUUGUUAGAGGACAUUGAAGAGGAAGAUGACGACAAUGCAAAGACUUUGGACUUUGUGCUUUGCUCUGAACUUUUCUACGACGAAAACGCACAUGAGGAUUUGAUCAGUUGUUGGUGGCAGAUAGCGGAACACUUCUCGAAGCCAAGAAGCUACAUGCGCGGAUGCGACAUCAUCGAGGAACAUGAAAGUUAUGACUUGUUCUUGUUCGAUUUCGUGCUGUUUUGAUUCAAAAUGCUGUUUUGGUUCAAACAACGAUAUAGUGGAGGACGCUCAAAAUAUAUAAGCACUGACUCAAAGCACUAAGUAAAACAGCCGGUUAGUUUUCCCCUCGACAUUAUUAGACUUAUCCCGUGCAACAAUAUAUAGUGGACGCCAUCAAAGCGUUUGCGCUUUCACAUAGUUGUACCAAAGAGAAAAUCAUUUGUUGUAGAGAGUCCCUCUAGUUGUACUAGUUCUUCUUGUUGUACUAACUUGUUACUUGGAUGAAGCUCCUCUCCCUCUCCAAGUGUUGAUACUUACGCAACCGGUAGAACGCCUUCUAAUCAAAAGUCCUCCGCGAAGAACGCGAAGGACCACCACAGACCGAUUUAGAGCGCGAACGUAGUGGAAAUCAUUUCUCCUGCCCUGUGGUUUUCUACAGUGUCUUCGUGAAUCGACCUUUCAGUUGGAACUUUUUUGCGAAACUGGAUGAUGAGAUGAAGGCCAGAAAGAACAGCACCAAUGUCGGCAACAUCAGCUUCAAAGUGGAAGAAGCGCCAGGACUCCCUGAUGACGCGGAGGACGACUUCUUCCAGGGAUUGGAGGACAUUCAUUUGCACAGAACAACGGUGGACGUCGAAUACAGGUCGGAACAAACACCGGUAGUUGUAGGACGAAAUAGUAGUACAGCAAGAGGACCACCUUGUGGAGGUGGAGAAGAUCAUCAUUAUAGAGUUUUAGAGGAAGUGGUGGACGAGGAAGAAAAUGAAGAUAGUCCACCAAUCAAUAAUAUGUUGAACGGUCACGACAGCAGGUCCUCUACUACAUCUUCGAGAUCAAGAUCGACAUCUCCAGUCCUCGUGAAACACCAAUUACUUGCUGGAGAUGAGCAGUCUACGUCUAGGUCUACUCUGCUUCCACCUGCUUCUCCGGUUACAACAGGAGCUGCUGCUUCUCCGGUUACAACAGGAGCUGCUGCUUCUGGUUCUGAUUCAUCGGCACUUGCUGUUGCUGGACAAGAAGUAGACAUCAAGAACAUUCAUGAAAACGAAAAGCAGACACUUCUAGUACCUUCAUCAACAUUGUCUAGUACUAGUGCUUCCACCUCAACAGAGGAAAAAGGAAAAGCCGACAAAAAAGAAGAAGAAUCAACUGCCAUCGGAGAAAAAGCAUCAGAUGAGGAAGAGGACGAGAAGACGAUUUGGGAGAUUUUAGAUGAGUUGAUCGGCAUUGAUCCAAGGAAACUGCGGAUCUACGUCCAACUUGCCCUGGGUGUUUUACUCGCAAUAUCUCUCCUGCUCAUCAAGCAAGCGCGUGAAUCUGGCGAAACGCACCUCGUCUAUUUGCAUUCUGGUUUUUUGUUUUGUGUCGUGAUGCUGUCUUUGUCAGUGGAGUUCGUCUUGGCGGAAGCGGAGAGACUUACAAGGGAGAAGAAAUUGGAAGAUGAGGAGAAAAAAGCUACAGCAGCGGAGAAAGCUGGUCUUAAAAGCGAAAAUGGCAGCACUAGCACGAGGGAAACUACAACAGAAGCUUCCUCAUCAUCACAUGAAGAUGACGAAACGACAGCUCCGAAGAAGCGAAACUCGGAAGCGACAUGCGAUGGAGGAGGCGGCUUGAGUGGCGGCUUGGACCUUGAAUGAAACUGAAACUCUGUGUAGUAGUUUGUAGACCGAAGAAGAAAGGUCCUUAACCACGACUAAAAACUUCUGAAACUUCAACUCCAAGUGACAAAUGGUGCUUUUAUUAUACCCUCCGGUGGGUCGCUCCAUUAUUUUGGCUGUUGUUGUUGGUAUGUUGGAGGUGGUGUUGUUGACUGCAGCUUUGGCAAAAAUUCUUGCUGGUGCUGUUGCGACUGACGGUGCAUUGCAGAAUCUAGCCAAGCUGUUCUUCUGGAUGCGGUAGACACAUGAAUAAGAAAAUCUGUAUCGAUAAUGGUGCUUUACCUCUGCCUAUGCGUAGCAUAAUUCUACUGGCAUCUUGUGUGCCAAUAUUAGCAAGAUUCUACUAGUAACCACGUAACGUCUACGUCGCCAAUUGUGUAGAAGUUCUUAAAUGGCUGUGGUUGUGAACUUGUAACACCUCUAUCAUUUUUUUUGGCCGAUUCCGCCUAAGAAAGAUGAAUGGAUUUUAAACGUCGACUCCUCACACUUAGUGUCAAUGUUCUUCGUUCCACAUAUUUUUUACGGAGAAUAUACUGGAUGCACGAAAAAAUGCAUGAUGGAUCAUUAAUUUCUUUUUGAAAGGUGAAGGUCGGCUUACAUGACGAUGACGAAGCGCUAAUUUUUACCAUGCUAGUAGUAAAUCAAAUGAUUUCUUUUCUGUGCACCUCCACCUGCCCACAACUCUUCACUCCUGACCAUACAUCACACCCACUUUGUCACGCGAAGACCGCAUGCCAACUCUGACGAUGGAAUCCCCCUUCUUGUAGGCAUUCUACUUCCUUGAGGAACUCCUGUUUAAUAAAUUGUAAAAGAACUAGUCGUGGUGUCCCGUGUGUUCAGCGGUCCGAGACAUGAGAGAGGUGAAAGAAGGAGAGGUAGCGGCUAGGAGCGGCAGAGAGGGUAGAAGGCG